AUCUGGUAAUUGAAUGAAGUCUAAUGAUUGUUCUAUGUACAUUUUCAAUUAUUCCUUGAACUUACUCUACCAUCACCUACUUCACGUCUUGUUUUAUAUAAAUAAAUACAUUUUUACAUUAGGGUUUUCUAAAUAUGGGUCAAAGAUGGGAUAAUUUACAAAUAUAUUUCAACAUCCAUGUUUAUUGUCAACAAUGUUCAUAUCUGCGUGUAGUGUUAAUCUAAAACUAUGUAAUGAAAUUGGAUGCAACGUAACCUGUCAUUGGAUGUAAGACCUUACUCAAAACUCAAUAUUUUUACUGUGUUUCAGAAUGUAGGUACAUUUAUAAAUUUACAUUAGCUGGUGGGGUCUAAUAUAGAGACUAUUUUGGAUCCUGGCGGGAACAGCAUAGCAUUAUAAUGGGAGAGAGGAGGAAAUGUGUCUUGUAUUAUAUGCUAGUAAGAAGCCUCACCAGGUCGUUGUGGAACACAGUACGCGUGGAGAAGAGGACGCUUGCAUCAGAACCCUCAAAACCACAGCCUGUAGAAAAAGAUGGAGUUGAUGCUGUGCAGUUAGAAGCUCUAGACAGGGACAUAUGCCUGGUAGUUGAUGAGAAGGACAACUUUCUUGGUACAGCUACUAAGAGGGAGUGCCACAAAGUGGGGGAUGAUGGCAAGAUCCUGCUGCACCGUGCCUUCAGUGUGUUCCUGUUCAACAAGAGAGGGGACAUGUUGCUGCAGAGAAGAUCUAGUCAAAAAGUGACAUAUCCUGAUUACUACUCGAAUGCCUGCUGCAGCCACCCAUUGUAUUUAGAUGACAAGGCUGAAGACGUCAUCACAGCCGCGCGGCGCAGGCUCCACCACGAACUGGGCAUCCCCUUAGAUCAUAUGGACCCCGAGUUGUUCACUUUCAUGACCCGCGUGCACUACCACGAUCCCGGCGACGGCGUGUUCGGCGAGCACGAGAUCGACCACGUCCUCUUCUUCCAGGGCGACGUCAAGGUCAAACCGAACUCCAACGAAAUCUCCGAGUACUGCUUCGUGCCUAAAUCUGAAUUUAACGCGUACCUCCCGACCCUAGAGGGGCCCAUCACGCCGUGGUUCAACAUGAUCCGUCGCCAUCGACUGAAGCUCUGGUGGGACAACCUGCACCGGCUGAAGGAGCUCGCGGAGCCCGACAAGAUACACAAGUUUAUGACUGAAAAUACUAAAUAGGCCUCCCCGCCUUAUCGUAGAUGUAGAACAGUUUUAUUUUAUUAUAACAAGGAGUAUGGAGCGAUUUUAUUCAGGCAACGCUUUGUUCUUUGUCAGAAGAUAGGUAAAAAAAAAAUACAGCUUUAUGGAGAUUUUGCCUUUA